AUGAGCAGCGCUGCAGAGGUGAUCGCCAUUGGCAAUAUGCAAACACGUGAUAGCCCCCCACAGACUAGAAACAGCUGUCGGUGGAUGGAGCCAAGCCCGGCGUCCUGGGAGCUGGCUGCGCUGGAGUCGCUGGAGACCUGCCAGGAAAUCUGGCAAUCUGGAACCGUAGCAAGAAAAAGAAUCCCGCCGCUCAUCAAUUGCCCUGGAAAGAACCCCGGCCGACGCAAGCACCCGACCAACUCUGUCGUAUCUCCCUAUCGUUACUCGCUCGCUCAUCGCUGGCCCGGUCUCGGUUCAAUUGGCGCAGGGUACACCGUAGUGGCAGCUCUGCACUCCAUACCCAUACCAACCUAUCUUGCCGAAUCUGGAUUGCACGAGGUCUCUGGGUGCCCACCUGCUGCAGCCUCUCGUCACCCAGCUCCUCUCCGUCCAAGGCCCCAAGGCCCCCAAGGCCCCAAGCAGACCAAGGGCAUGCAAAUUCCUUCCCCAAACCAAUCCCGUCUUCCCUCCAACAUCCCCCUCCGAACCCUCACCAGCCGUCCCGAGCAUCACGGAGACGGAGCCCAAUCGACGUCAUUGCUCGCCGGCCACCGGGACCACCACGCAUCCCACGACCGUGCCUCGUCCGACUCUGGCGACUCCGAGUUCGACUCGUGGACCGACACCGGGGACAUCGCCGAGCAGCUCGCCGAUGAGGAGGAUCCCCUGAGGCUUCGACUCGCCGACACCUCGCUGAACGACGAGCUCCUCGCCGGCGUCGUCGACAAGAAGCGUUCCAAGCACAAGCGCGUCCAGUUCCGGAGAUCGGUCUCCGAGCACAGCCAGCGACUCUCGUCGAGUCACAGUGGCGUCGUUAAUAAGGAGGCAAUCGAGAUUCCAGACGUAGCUCCUCGCCGUCCCUCGAGAGGUACACGUUUGCUGUCCGCCAUCAUGCCGGGCACGGGGGUCCACGGCCUCACAGGCAAGGGCCUGAUUUAUUUCACCAGCAUCUUCGUAUCGUUGGGCGUGUUCCUCUUCGGAUAUGAUCAGGGUGUCAUGUCCGGUAUCAUUACCGGCCCCUACUUCCGGGCGUAUUUCCACAACCCGUCCCAUGCCGAGAUAGGCACCAUGGUCGCGAUUCUUGAGAUCGGUGCCCUCAUUUCCUCACUAGCUGUAGGGAAAAUUGGUGACAUGAUUGGCCGCAGGAAAACAAUCCUCUACGGCUCAAUGAUUUUCUUCGUUGGCGGUGCCCUGCAGACAUGUGCGACCAACAUGCCAAUGAUGAUGUUGGGAAGAAUUAUCGCCGGUCUGGGUGUAGGUUCGCUCUCGACCAUUGUGCCUGUCUAUCAAUCCGAGAUCUCACCACCGCACAACCGUGGUAAGCUUGCGUGUAUCGAGUUCAGUGGCAAUAUCAUUGGAUAUACCACGUCCGUGUGGGUUGACUACUUCUGCGGGUACAUAGAGAGCAACUACUCGUGGCGUCUGCCCCUGUUCAUGCAAUGUGUGAUGGGUGCUCUGCUGGGUUUUGGUAGUUUGGUGAUCGUUGAGUCCCCACGGUGGCUUCUCGAUAACGACCACGACGAAGAGGGUAUCGUCGUGAUUGCCAAUCUCUAUGGCGCCGGUGACAUUCACAACCCCAAGGCUCGGGACGAGUACCGCGAAAUCAAGAUGAACGUCCUCCUCCAACGCAUGGAGGGAGAGAGAACAUACUCGGAGAUGUUCCGCAAGUACAAGACGCGUGUCUUCAUUGCCAUGUCUGCGCAGGCCUUGGCGCAAUUGAACGGCAUCAACGUCAUCUCAUACUACGCGCCCUACGUCUUUGAGUCGGCGGGAUGGUAUGGUCACGACGCUAUCAAGAUGACCGGUAUCAAUGGUAUUACAUACCUGCUCUCCACCAUCCCGCCGUGGUAUGUGGUUGACCGUUGGGGCCGACGUGUUAUUCUGCUUAGUGGAGCCGUGGCCAUGGCCAUCUCGCUCUCCCUCGUGAGCUACUUCCUAUACCUCAACAUCGAUAGCACGCCACAGUUCGUCGUCGCCUUUGUCAUGAUUUACAAUGCCGCAUUUGGGUACUCGUGGGGUCCGAUCCCCUGGCUGUACCCUCCCGAGAUUCUGCCUCUCAGCAUCAGAUCCAAGGGCGCAAGUCUGUCCACGGCUUCCAACUGGACUUUCAACUUUAUCGUGGGUGAGAUGACACCCAUCCUCCAGGACUGGAUCGGAUGGCGCCUCUAUUUGCUGCACGCCUUCUUCUGUGUAGUCAGUUUCAUUACGGUGUACUUCAUCUAUCCCGAAACCUGCGGUGUACGCUUGGAGGAGAUGGAUUCGCUCUUUGGCGACGCCACUACGGCCAUGGGUACUCCCAGCUUGAGGUCUGAGACAGGCUCCAUCCACAGAGCCUCGUCCCCAGUGCCCUCUCUAGACCUCCGUGGUCGACCGGGUCCGGACUCUAACAUCCCGCCGUUGGAUAUCGACCCGCCCCACGUCAACAUGGUAGACGGGAAGCCACACCUGCGGUCCGAGAGCGGGUCGAGAGGACGCGUUGGCGAAUGGCUCAACCGGAUGGUCGGACGAGACCGGGGCGCCAGCGGUAGCCGGGGCCCGGCCUACGAGCGUUUAGAUCAGCGAGAUGAUUAA